AUGCCGGAAGUACUCGAAGUGACAGGGCACGUCUUAGGAACUUCCCAAAAACGGGAACAAGAAGAAGAAGAAGAAGAAGAAGAAGAAGAAGAAGAAGAAGAAGAAGAAGAAAUAGAAGAGCUAUACAGCAGUUUACUUGUGGUAUUGGGAGUUGUGGCAGGCGACUUGACCGCUUGGACUAUUAAUGAUUUGUUUGAUUUCCUCUGUUAUCAAGGAGUCGACGGCAGUUUACGAGUACAUGAUACUCUUGGUGCUGCUGUUGACUCUUUUGAACCGGAAAUCGUUGACUCUUUUGAACCGAAAAUUGUUGCAGAACCUAACAGCUUGAUGACGCCAGCCUUUGCCUUUGCCAUCUUCGGAUUGGCCUUGUUGGCAGGCUUGGCUUUUGCUGUUUGCUGGAAAUUCGGAAAUUAUGGACGCAAAGUUCAUGAUUUGGAUGAAGAUCUGGAAACUGAUGACUUUAAACCGGACUACAAUCUACUGAUGGACGACCUGGAAGACGACGACAGCGAGGAUGAAGUGGAACAAGAAGACAGCGAGGACGACCUGGAAGAAGACAACAGUGAGAACAGUGAGGAUGACCUGGAACAAGAAGACAGCGAUGACUACCUGGAAUUAGAAGACAGUGAGGACGACCUGGAAGAAGACAACAGCGAGGAUGACCUGGAACAAGAAGACAGCGAUGACUACCUGGAAUUAGAAGACAGUGAGGACGACCUGGAAAUAGAUAUAGAUGAAGUGUCUAGACUAGAAAAUCGUCUAGAACCUGGAGACCUGGAAUAUAGUGACAAUGACCUGAAAAUGGAUAAGUGCGAAUCGUCUAGACUGGAAGAUCUUUUAGAACAGGAAGAACCGGAAGAAAUGAUAAAAUGUGAAGAUACUGAAGAUGAACUGGAAAGCGAAAUGACCGAAGUAUCUCGGCCAGAGGAGAGCUCAGAACUGGAUGAACUGACAGGUACUGAAGAUGGUCCAGAAACUGUUGAAAACCCGAACAGCUUGAUGACGCCAGCCUUUGCCUUUGCCAUUCCCGUUUUGGCCUUGUUGGCAGGCUUGGCCUUUCCUGCUGUGCUGGAAUGA